CGUAUUCAAUGGAAGUAUGUUACCAGCUGCCGGUGCUGCCCCUGGACAGGCCGGUCCCCCAGCACGUCCUCAGCCGCCGAGGAGCCAUCAGCUUCAGCUCCAGCUCCGCGCUCUUCGGCUGCCCCAAUCCGCGGCAGCUCUCCCAGAGGCGUGGAGCUAUUUCCUAUGACAGCUCUGACCAGACUGCAUUGUACAUUCGUAUGCUAGAUUACACUUUUUACCCCCACACUAUAUUCCUUAUACUUUAAUUCAUACUGUUAAAAAUUUACUAUUAAGAUUCCAAUAGGCAAAUUUGCUCUUCUUUUCUUAAAGGCAUCUUCCAUGACAACUCUCCUCAUGCUCUGAAUUCUUUUCUCAAUUCUAUGAUAUGAGCAUUUCUUACUCUUCACCUACUAUUUGUUGUUGUUGUUUUUCCUUUUUCACUAAUUCCUUUAGAUACUCUUAAGCCUAAAUGUUCUCCAGUGUCCUGUUUUUGCUCUUUUUCAUUUUCCCCUCUCUAAUUUAGCCUGUGUGUCUUAUCUGCCUCAGUUUCAUUCUACUCUGGUACAUAUUGUCUCCCCACAAAUGUUCAGCCCUUUCCUCUUCACUGUCUCCAUCUCUCUCCAAACCUAUUCAGGAUUUUGCUCUCCUUGAAACAGCUUUUUAGACUCAUAUUUUUUAAAACUCUGUUGAACUUCUCCACAUGGGCAUAUAAUGGGUACUUCACAUUUAAAAUGUCUAUUAGACAAAAGAUUUGUGUUCUCAAGGUUGUUCAUUUUGCAGUCUUGCCAUCCCAGAAAAUGUAACUCCAUUCUUCUGGAGUCAUUCUUGACUCUUAUUUCUUCUGUACUGUAUGUCUACUUUAUCAGCAAAUCUUCUUGGCUGGUACCUGCAAAAUGUAACCAG